AUGAGUUCGUGUGACUAUACAACAUUGCUAUGCGAUGACAUCAGUGUGAAACCAUUCUAUGAUGAUGACACUACAUCAGUCUCUUCUGAUUUGAGCACUCCGGAAUCUCCAGUUGACCCGAAAACCUCUGCAGAUCAUGUGAAAAGACCAAUGAAUGCGUUCAUGGUUUGGAGUAGAGGCCAAAGACGGAAAAUGGCACAGGUAUGUGAUGUACGUGUGUAAAAAGACUUUAUUUAUUAUUACAACAGGAGAAUCCAAAGAUGCAUAACUCUGAAAUUAGCAAAAGAUUAGGAGCUGAAUGGAAACAGCUUUCAGAGCAGGAGAAAAGACCUUUCAUUGAUGAAGCCAAACGACUCCGUGCUUUGCACAUGAAGGUAGCGGAUUAAAUAAUAGUUUUAUUGUUCUCAGUUUAACCCUCAGUUACAGGAUCACCCAGAUUACAAGUAUAGACCACGACGAAAACCAAAAUCAUCGGUCAAGCAACAAUCUUCAGUCAACGUUGCAAUACCAGCCUCGUUGGCGCCACCAACCCUGUUUAACUAUCAAGUCACACUGGAAACUUUGAAGACCCAAGAUAUUUCACAAUAUUAUUCCACAUUUUUCCCAAAUCCCGCAUUUUCCUCGGCUAGCUACACUCCUUACAACAUGAUGGCCGCUUAUGCUCGACAGGCAGCAGUUGUGGCCGCUGCUAACCAAGUAUCUGUAAACUCUACCUCAACAUCACCAGCGGAAUGA